AUGGCGCCUCAGACAUCCAUACCACUGGCAGCAAAUGUGCUUGGCACACUCGGGACUGUGUUCUGGUGUGUACAGCUCAUACCUCAAAUAUGGCGAAACUACCGGACAAAGAGCACUGUGGGGCUUCCAGAGUCGAUGAUGCUUCUUUGGUCCAUAAGUGCAGUUCCGUUCGGAGCCUAUGCUAUAGCUCAAAAGUUUAACAUUCCGCUCGUCGUACAACCCCAAUGUUUUGGGGUACUUCGUGGUGUUAGCUGGGCCCAAUGUCUUGUAUACACCCGAAAAUGGCGAACAUGGACCGCAUCUCUCAUGCUGGUCUGCCUUCUUGCUAUCUUUGCAGGAGUAGAAGUCGGCCUCGUAUUCGCGAUCAGACCGUCGUACUCGAAAGGAUUGGAGUGGCCAGUCUUACUUAUUGGCAUCAUCGCCUUCCUGACAUUAAUCUCUGGUUACAUAGGCAUCCCGUUUGAGCUUCUCAAAAGACGUGGAAGAGUCGUAGGAAUAGAUUUCAUUUUCCUCGCCAUCGACUGGAAUGGCGCAUUCUUCUCACUCAUGGCCUUGGUUGCACAGAAUGAGUUUGAUGCUUUAUUCGGCACAAUGUACGCUUUAUGUUGCGCUAUCGAAAUGAGCAUGGUCGUCUCGCAUCUAGUAUGGUUGUUCCGAACACGUGGUAUUCGACAGCGCGCCAAAGAAGCUGGCAAAACGUUUGAUGAGUUCAAUGAGGGUAUCGAGUGGCAAGCAAAGGGAAUCGACGUUGAAAAGCGGCUGAGAUAUAUGUUUAAGAGAAGGGUGGUUGAGGGAAGUCCGGGUGCUGUUGCUGAUGAUGUCGAAGCACUCCCAACUCUGAAGGCAAUAGUACCUAAAACUGUCCCAAAUCCCACUGAAUGA